UUCGCAUGGUCAAAACAUUGAGUCUUAUUUUGCUCAAUGGGUUCGUCCUCAUUAGCGUUACGCACCCUGAAGACAAAAGUCUCCUGCAGGAACUUCAGCGUCUUUAAAAAACUCUAUCCCUUGGUUAUUGAGUUCGCCGAGUAGUUUUAUAUAUUUUAGUGCCUUGAUCAUAUCAACGAUUUGUAAGGUCCAAUACUUUUUUCUCGAAUUCUCAAGUGAUGCUUUAUUGCGGGUCUUCAAUGGAUUUCACUGGGCCUUUUUUGGAAAACACUUCUGGUGAUGUUGACCCAAAUAAGCAAAGAGAACUGGAGGCAACUGCUGUAACACCAGCUGAUUAGAUUCCGAAGUUUAUAUGACUUCAUUAAAAAAGACCAGCACACGUGCAUUGGUACCCGUAUUACGCAAUUUAUUGCAGGUGCUUAAAAAUAUUUGUUUAUUCCCUUGCUCCACAUAAAGAAAUGUCCCGUGUCAUGCGAUAAAGCUACUUUAAAUAUUAGCUAAUCCCUGCUCUGAUAUCGUUUUAAACUCUUAAAGUAUCUAUUAGUCCUAUAUUUUGAAGUAUUGACAAACAAUUGUUUACCGAUAAGUUGACGGGCUUAUCGCUUACUUUCAAUAGAAACCACCUUAUGAGUAAUAUCAACCUUUGUGCUCGCAGACGGUGCUUAUCUCAGGCUAAUUCGCAUAUAAAAAGGGUUUCGAAUCCGUAAGAAGCAAUCAAUAAGAGUUGAGCCAGCAUGGUCAACAUAGUCGGAGUAGUUUUUCUCUGCGCACUUGCGCUUAUUAGUGCCGCACAAUCGAAGGAAGAAGAUGUCCUGCAGGAGCUACAGGGAAUCAAGAAACUCAGAUCCUUGGGACUUGAGAUUGCUGGGCACCUACAGAGUAUUAAUCAGGAUGAUUUAAACGCUUUGGACUCUAGACUGCCAACGCAGGAUGAUCUGCUGUGCCUUAGUGAUCUGGCUGCCUUAGUGGCGGGACUUCAAGGCGGUCAAUUCUGGGCACUGAAAAUGUUUGAUGCCUGGGGCUCCAUACCCUCGGGUCUGCUUACCGGCAACGUAUACGACCUUGGCAACUUCGACGAGUGUUUGAACAUCAAGAAAGAGACCAGCCUGGGCAGAACCAUCCAAGGAAAGUUCUGUUUUCUCUCAGUGUCUCCCGCCAAAAUGCUGGGGCUCAACUAUACGAUCUUGGGAACCUUCAGAACCGGCACCUGCCUGCCGGCCUCCUGCUCGGCCGCUCAAAUGAACACGUUUGUGGGUCAGAUGGUGAAGCAGUUGCUCAACGUCAGCAUUCCCAGCACCGCCAUGAGUAUCCGCGAUAGCAGUUGCCAGACCAGCGAAAGUGAACCCUGGGAUGGACUCACCAUUUUCAUGAUAGUGAUCUUAUCGUUCAUGGGUGCUGUGGUGGCUUUGUUUACCUUGUGGGACUACUGUCUGGUCAAGAAUCAGGAUCAGCUUCCAGCCAUUGUCAAGGUUUUCUCGGCCAGGGCCAACUCCAGGGCUCUAUUCCGCGUUGUACAACCCAAUUCGAAUCCGAAUGUUAUCGACUGCCUCAAUGGAAUCCGCUGCCUGUCACUCGUUUGGGUGAUUUUUUGCCAUCAACAUGUGAUAACUCUGCUUAACGCAAAUAUAAACUUGUUUGAUGCUUACUCGUGGGAGGAGACACCAUAUGCCAGUUUUAUUCUGCAUGGCUAUUUCUCAGUGGAUUCGUUUUUCGUGCUCGGCGGAUUGUUGGUGGCUAUGAUUACACUGCGAAUGAUGGAAAAAACUAAGGGCAAACUAAAUGUUCCUCUAAUGUAUCUACAUCGCAUAAUCCGCAUUGUUCCCCUUUUGGCGAUGGCCAUUGUAGUCUCUUUAAAACUUAUGCCCUUGAUCACAAGCGGUCCUCUUUUUUCCCGUGGGUAUACACAAAAGGCUAUGUGUGAGAGGGGUUGGUAUUGGACCUUGCUUUUCGUAAAUAACUACACCAAUGACAGGUGCCUCGGACAUACCUGGUAUUUAUCGGUAGACAUGCAAAUGUUCCUUAUCUCGCCGAUCCUGCUGAUAGCUGUCUACAAAUGGGGAAAGAAGGCUGCUGCUGGUAUCUUCGUCCUCAUAGUAUUGCUGUCUGGCUGUCUUUUCGCCACCAUGGUGGUUAAUGACUACUCAUUGGUGAUGAAGCAAUAUUCAUUAAAGGCGCAGAAGUAUUUGUACUAUCCCACCCAUACACAUGCUAUGCCUUGGCUGAUUGGUUUUCUCUUCGGCUACUUCCUGCACUUGAACAGGGCCAAAAAGUUCAAGCUAAGCUGGCUAGCCGUGUUGUCAGGAUGGAUCCUCUGUCUGGCCAUGCUCGCCACCUCGAUCUUUGCCCUCUACCCGGCGGCCCAGUGGAGUCCUCCUACCUUUCCCAUCGUGUCGGAGGCCUUUUACUACACCCUCACCCGGUUGGGUUUCCCAAUGGCCCUUUGCUGGGUGAUCUUUGCCUGCAUGCAGGGGUUCGGAGGACUGGCUGACAGCUUCCUGUCCUCCCCACUGUGGCAACCCUUCUCCAGACUCUCCUACUCCGUCUACAUGUGGCACAUGUUCAUCCAGGAAGUGAACGCCCGAAGCAACAGGACGAAUUCAUACUUCUCAAAUUACAGAAUAAUGCUCAGCUUCUGGUCAACCCUUGGAAUCACCAUGUGUUUUGCCUAUGUGAUGUAUCUACUCAUUGAGGCACCCUUUGGUGGACUUGGUAAUUUCCUGGUGCCAAAAAGAACAAACCCUCCUCUCGAAAAACAAAAAUCACAGAUAGAUGAGAAUGAAGAGAAAAACCCAGAAGAACUUAAGGUGAACACACCUCCACCUCCUGCAUAUUAGGUUAUCGACGAACCUGCUUUCCUAUUAGUUGUAGUAACUUAUAUAUUUUAAGCUUAAGUAAAUAAAUGUAUGGUAUUUUUGUAGAAAAGUAA